GCCUGCGCGCCGCGGGUUGACGGAACCAAGCCCGCACCGCGUAGUGGGCGCCGCGUCCUCGGCCAGAGUCGCGUCUCGUUACGGCUCCGCCACCAGCCGGGGCUCGGGCCUGGGCCCGGGCCCCCGGGACAUGGCCCUCCGGCGUGCGCAGGGCGACGGCCCCACCUCCAGCCGCUGGGUCGGCGGCUCUGAGAAGGCAGACUUUAACGCCAAAAGGAAAAAGAAAGUGGCAGAGAUAUAUCAGGCUCUGAACAGCGAUCCCACCGACGUGGCUGCCCUCAGACGCAUGGCUAUCAGUGAAGGAGGUCUCCUGACUGAUGAGAUCAGACGAAAAGUGUGGCCCAAGCUCCUCAAUGUCAAUACGAAUGACCCACCUCCUAUAUCAGGGAAGGACCUACGGCAGAUAAGCAAGGACUACCAACAAGUGUUGCUGGACGUCAGGCGGUCAUUACGUCGGUUCCCUCCUGGCAUGCCAGAUGAACAGAGAGAGGGGCUCCAAGAAGAACUCAUUGACAUCAUCCUCCUCAUCUUGGAGCGCAAUCCCCAGCUGCACUACUACCAGGGCUACCAUGACAUCGUGAUCACAUUUCUGCUGGUGGUAGGCGAGAGGCUGGCAACAUCCUUGGUAGAGAAAUUGUCUACCCACCACCUCAGGGAUUUCAUGGAUCCCACAAUGGACAAUACCAGGCACAUUUUAAACUACCUGAUGCCCAUCAUAGACCAGGUGAACCCAGAGCUCCAUGACUUCAUGCAGAGUGCUGAGGUGGGGACCAUCUUUGCCCUCAGCUGGCUCAUCACCUGGUUUGGGCACGUCCUAUCUGACUUCAGGCACGUUGUGCGGUUAUAUGAUUUCUUCCUGGCCUGCCAUCCGCUGAUGCCCAUUUAUUUUGCAGCUGUGAUCGUGUUGUAUCGUGAGCAGGAAGUUCUGGACUGUGACUGUGAUAUGGCCUCGGUCCACCAUCUGUUGUCCCAGAUCCCUCAGGACCUGCCCUAUGAGACGCUGAUCAGUAGAGCAGGGGACCUCUUCGUUCAGUUUCCCCCUUCUGAACUCGCACGGGAGGCUGCCCAGCAGCAAGCAGAGAGAACAGCGGCCUCCACCUUCAAAGACUUUGAGCUGGCGUCAGCCCAACAGAGGCCAGACAUGGUGCUGCGGCAGCGGUUUCGGGGACUUCUGCGACCUGAGACUCGAACAAAGGAUGUUCUGACCAAACCAAGGACCAACCGCUUUGUGAAACUGGCAGUGAUGGGGCUGACAGUGGCCCUGGGAGCAGCUGCGCUAGCGGUGGUAAAAAGUGCCCUGGAGUGGGCCCCGAAGUUUCAGCUGCAGCUGUUCCCCUGAAGCCCAACCACUUCCUCUCACAGUGCACCCAGUCUCUCCCUUUCCCAGAAGGACUGGGACGGUGGAGUUUCCUUGAUUAAAAGGGUUUCUGUCGAGGGUGUUCUGUUCCUGCCACCCUCGCCUGCCUGUCCACGUUUGCCGUGGCUUUGGAGGCCAGUUGCAGAGCCAGCCUGACCUGCAGUUUCUUCCAUGGACCUGAGAGUGUCUCUGCCACCUCCCCUCAUGUUGGAGGAAGUGGGUUCUUUUGUUCCUGGCCAUCCUGAGAACCUCAGGGGCUGGGCUUCCCUGGCUAGUGGAGGACCUCCCAGUUACCCAGUAGCAAGUAAGCUGGACCCCAGAAUGCCCUCGUGCGGCUCCUGGUGGUUCUGUCCACUUCAAGUGGACAAGGAAGGAGGGCUGCUGCUGAAGAAGCCAGGUCUUGGGAUGAAGCGAGGCAGAGGACUCUAGCCGGGAGCCCUUUUCAAGAAAGCAGCUCCAUUAGCUGGUGAAAUCAGACAGACACGAACUAGGUUACUAGUUAAGUCCUCUAUUUUCAGCCUAGAAAUCACGUGGGUAUUUCCAGUCCAGCAGGAGGGAAUAUUAAUUACCUAGACUGGUUUUGCCUGCCUUUUUAUUUCUUCCUUGUUCUCUUCUACAAGCCACAUGACAUUACUUAUAAAAGACACUUUUAUUACUAUUUUUAGAAUUAUAUACUCCUAACAUGUAAAGUACUUUCACUUUAAAAAGAAAUGUUCCUUCAUGGAAAAAACUGUUCUCAUCAGAACGAUGAGCUUGUACAACCCUGAAGUUUACUUUCUACUCAACUGCGUGACAUUUCACUUCAGCCAGAGCUGCCAUUUGUGAACACCCCCACUUCCAAGUGCCCCCUGACCCACUCUGCUUCCUUCCUACUCUCACGAUCAGCCUUCCACUCCCAGCUAGGUGCCCACCCACUGCCUUGGCGUUGUCUUUGGGCAUGGUACAUCAGAACUCCUGGUCUCUGCCUAGUGGGAAAUGUCAUUGGAAACUUGCUGGUACCCAGAAAAGGACAAAUCUUAGCUUGAAGAGCUCAGCAGGAUGCGGAGCAGCCAGUCCCACCCCGGCUUCUUAGAGGGCCCCCCAGGCCUUGGGAAGAAGGGGAUCACUGAGUCCUGGGCAGCUUUCCUGUGAGUGAAGCCAGGUUUGUACUUUAACUCGAGCUUGAAAAAAAAAAAAAAAGUGCCUUUUGCUGCUUUAAAAA